AUGGAAACAAUAUAUCAAUGUAAAUAUAGAUUGAUACUAGAAUGAGACUUAAGAGUUUGCGAUAUCUUUGCUUAGUCCCCUAGCCUUGGAAUGAAUCACAAAUCUACUUAUUAAUCAUCAUUUGGUGGUUUUACUUCAAUAGCAACAAUCUUUCUUGUGUUUAUAUUUUUUUCAACCAAUUUUAUCGAUUAUUUGGCUGGAAAAAAUAUAAUAACUAAGCAAACGUAAGUUUAUGAUAACAACCUUUCGAAUCUGUAAUUAGAUGACUAAGAUUUUAUGAUGGCAUUAGGAAUUGAACAAAAUAACUUUAUAAAUCAAGCAUAUUUUACAAUAAAUUUAUAGUAGAGGUACUAAAUUAGAAGAUUAUGUAGAGAGUAUCAAAGACUUCCUAAUGGUACAUUUAUAAAAAAAAUUACAUAACUUCCUUUAGUUCCAUGUACUUUAGAGCGUUUCUAGUCAAUUUAUUAGCGCUAUGGAAAAAAUUUUACAGAAGACUUUGAUAGACUUUAACUAAAGAACUUGUUUUGUCCUUAGUAUUUAUAAUUAAUAUGAUAUAGAAAUUAAGUAAGAAUGAAUAUUGGAGGAACAUUUACAUGUAACAAAGUGUUAUUAUUUAAGCUAAUAAUUUUAACUUUCUUAAAAUCGAAGUUACUCCUUGCAAAUAAAGUACAUAAACAGAUAAUAAUUGUGCAUCAGAUGAUGAUAUAAAAGAAUAGUUAAAAGAGAAUGGAAAUUUCAAAGUAUAGGUAUAUCUAAUAAAUAAAGUAAAUUGUUAAUUAUCAAUUAAAAAUAGGUAAUCAAUCCUAAUAAAAUUGGAUCUGAUUACAUAUCUGUAUACUUAGAUGAUCAAAGUUACCUAACUUUUGUUCCAAAAUAAAUAAACAAAUAUGCAAACAUAUACUUCAGAUAAUAUUAGUUCUAAAAUAGUUUCGAUUUUUAUCCAUUUAAGUAUGAACAUCAUUGUGAAUUUGAAGUGAGGAUCAAAAUUUGAAUUUCAUAUCAAUAGAUAAUACAGAGACCAAAGAAAUAACUGAUUUAGGAAGAGAUUCUGAUACUAUUUAUGCAGCAUUCUAUAUUCGUAAAAGUCCGAUUACAAUUUUGGUUGAAAGAAAGAAUUAAAGUAUAACUGAUUUGCUAUCUAAAUUGGGUGGUUUACUAUAGAUAUCUUUAAUUGUUAUGGGAUUCAUAAUAACAGCGUAUAAUAAAAUAACAAGUUAGUGUUUGUUAUAAAUUACGUAGUGCUUGUUGAAUUAUCAAAUAAGAUUUAUGAGUUUAGUCCUGAUAUUGAAGAGUAGAAUAAAUAGCAUUAAUAAAAUCUAAAACUUAUAGAUAAUGCUUAUGAAGAUAAAUAAUUCAGACAAGAAUAUUAUGUAAAUAGGGAAGGCUAAUAACAACAAGUUCCUAAUAGUGAAAUCAAACAUAAAAGCAAAAUUCUACGUCUUUUUGGAAAAAGUUAGCCUGAUAAACAUAUUAUGUUGAUCGAUCGACCAACAACUGAAAAUAAUGAGUAUGCAAAUUAAGGUUAAAAUGAAAAUGAAGAUAAGAGUAAUUAAAUUACAUAGUAGGCAAUAAAGGAUCACAAUAUUUUAGCUUAAAAGCUUAAUUGUAUAAGUGGAUUAGAUUACUUCAAAAAGUAAAUUAAUCUUAUCUUAAAUCGAUCGUAACCAUUGAGGUUUAAUUUUAAGAUAUUUUUAAAUCAAUUGUGUUUGAGAAAGGCCUUCUCAAAUUCACUUUCGGUUCUAUUUUAUAAUUAAGCAGUGUAUAAAUUUUCAUUUAAUAAAAGUGACAAAAUAAAUGAAUAAUUAGAUGUUUUUAACAUUUUGACAAAAAUGAGUGAAAUAGAUAAAUUAAAAGAUAUUCUUCUAACAAAUUCUUAAUAAUUACUAUUUGAUUUUGCAUCAAAACCAAUUAUUUCAAUGAUGGAGGAAAAAGAAAUGCCUUUUUCUAGAACUUUUUUGGAAGAGAGAGCUAGAAGCACGUAAAUAUUUAAUAAUAAUAAUAAUAAAGAAACGGGACUAUUAAAAAAAAAAGAACCCGAAAAAGUUAGAUAGUUUAAUAAAAUUAAAAAUCCUUCUUUCGAAGUUAAAGUCUAGAUCGAGACAACAGAAUAUAUAAUAGAAUCUAUAGAGUAAUUUAACAAAUAAAAUAGGCAUAUGAUUUGAUAUUAUAAUAAAGUGCUGAUUAGCAUCCUUAACAUGAAGUAAAUAGAAAAUUGAUCAAGAAAUUAGGAGAUGAAAUGUAAGCCAUUUUUAAAUUGUCUAAAUUACUUGAUUUUGAUGGAAUCAGAAGAUUGAGAGCUAAUUCAAAUAUUGAUUAAAUUUGUAGGAAUACUUAAAAUGCUCCUGAAGAGAUAAUGAGCAAGUGA